CUUAAAAGAAGGGAAAUAAAAGAAAAUGGCUCACAAAUAAAUGACCUCCCAAUGUUGCCUUCAGAAUUUUAAUGGAACUCUUUGAAGAUUUCCUAGAUAUGGAUUUUAUACAUUGAGCUACUAUUUAAAGAACUUUUAAGCUAGUAUUUACAAAAUUUCAAAUUUUCAAUCAUUUCAAACAUCAUGGUAUUAUUGUAAUGUAAAAGAUAUUGAACUGAAAGCAACAUCCUAAUUAGUUUAUAAGCAGUCUUUAUGAUGAAUUCUCCGAGAAAAAUUGUAUAAAAAGACCUUGUUGACUCCGUGUACUAGACCACCAAAGUAUUUUCCUGGUGAAUUGUUUAUUCUUCAUGUUGGAUUAUAUAUAGGGUCAGCUUGGUCAUGUUUCAGUACAUCUUUUAAAAUGUUAAUAAGUUCUGUUCGUGCUACACUUUCACAACAUCCAAAGAAGACGCGAUGAGAUGCAUUGCUGAUAUUGUUAUACCACAUCCAUGGUUUCGAGCAAUUUGCUUAAAUGGCAAGCCAAUUGGUUCUGUUUCUGUGUCACCAUUUCAUGGAAGUAAUAGGUGCAGGGGGGAAAUUGGAUACGAGUUAGCAUCAAAGUAUUGGGACAAAGGGAUCGCCACCAAGGCAGUGAAGAUGGUGGCAGCUGCCAUAUUUGAGGAGUGGCCCCACUUAGAGAGACUUGAAGCUGUGGUGGCUGUUGAUAAUCCAGGUUCACAGAGGGUGUUGGAAAAGGCUGGUUUUAGGAAAGAAGGUGUUUUGAGGAAGUACUAUCUUCUUAAUGGGGAACCAAAAGACAUUGUUAUGUUUAGUCUUUUAUCUAGUGAUCCACAAGUCACUUACUUUAUGUAGGAAGUAGAAAAUCUUUAAUAAUUGGUUUCAUCAGCAUAAGAAUGUUUAAAUGGCCUGAGAUUCUUGAGGACUCCAUUUCUAGUUCUAGCUAUGAUCUCCUUUGUUGACUCUGUUAUUGGUUUGUAAAAUCUUAAAUGAGUGAGUUUUGGACCAUAUCAGCA